AUGGGAAUCAAAAUUGAUAUGGCCAAGGCUUUUGACAGAGUUAAUUCGGAAUUCCUUAUGCAAGUCAUGCAACAAAUGGGAUUCAGCACUCAAUGGUGCAAUCUGGUUCAUCAAUGCAUAUCCACCACCACCAUGGUUGUCUUGGUGAAUGGAUCUCCUGGAAAGUUCUUUAAACCAACUAGAGGUCUCGGGCAAGGAGAUCCAUUAUCUCCUUAUUUAUUUCUGUUCUGUAUGGAAGCCUUAUCUAGAUAUUUGACUGCUGCUGAAGCUGAGGGUCUUAUUCAUGGAACCAAAAUCUGCAGUGAAGCACCUAAUAUCAAUCACCUCGUCUUUGCUGAUGAUUGUAUGAUUUUUUGCAAAGCUAAUUUGGAAGAAUGCAACAACUUAAUCAAGAUUUUUCAAGACUUUGGGCAUUCCUCAGGACAACUCAUAAACUUCUCCAAAUCUGGUAUAUUCUUCAGUAAGAAUACUGAUCCUAGCAUUGCUGACAGCAUAAGUGAUACUAUGAAAGUUCAAAGAAUUGAUACUUCUGACAAGUACCUGGGGUCCCCCCUCUUCACCAACAGAAGCAAGAUUCAAGCUUUCAAACCUGGUGUGAACAAACUGAAGCUCAGACUGGCAGGUUGGAAAUCUACUCUAUCUACAGCUGGCAAAGUCACUAUGAUCAAAACAAUUACCUCAACAUCUAACAUAUAUCAAAUGAAUUGCUUCAAACUUCUAAAAGGCACCUGCAAGGAGAUAAAUAAUAUACAAAGAAAUUUCUUCUGGAAUAAGGAUCAAGACAAACCCAAAGGUCUCUUCUACAUUGCUUGGGAUGCUGUCAACAAACCAAAAGGGCUAGGAGGCCUGGGCUUCAAAAACAUGGAAUACUUCAAUCUGGCUAUGAUUUCUAAAAUUGCUUGGAGAUUGAUAGAAGAACCACACUCUCUGUGGACCAGUACUAUGAAGGCUUCUCACUUCCCAAACAAGGAAGUCAUUAUAAUGGAAACAAAGCCAAAGAACACUGAUUCCUGGAUUUGGAAAGGAAUUUUAGAGGGCAUCACCUGCAUUCAAAAGUACUAUAUCUGGAAAAUAGGGGAUGGCACCAACAUACAUAUCUGGGAAGAUAGAUGGAUAGAAGAUCUACCUGACAUUCUCCAAAAACCUCUUCACUGCCCCUCCAACCUGGAAACUGUUAACCAACUCUUCAAUACUAUUGGGGAAUGGGAUCAUCACAUAAUUUCCCUCUGGUUUCCUCAACAUAUUCAACAACUCAUUCUCCAGACACAUCAUCACCCUAACUCUGUGGACACCAUCCAAUGGAGCUUAACUCAUACUAAAAAAUUCACAGUUAAAUCCCUUUAUGAUAAACAGAUUGAGGAUAAAUAUGCUGGAGAUACUCUUACAGCUCCAUGGGGAGAUAUUUGGAAAUUAGAUACCAACCCAGCCAUCCAACUAUUCAUAUGGAAAUGUGCUCAUGGAAUUCUACCAAAAAAUGCCAAGUCUGCUGGUAUCCUAACCUAUAUUGACCCUCUCUGUAAUAUCUGCAAGUGUGCAAAUGAAGACAUUACUCAUGUGCUCCUAGCAUGUCCUGCUGCUUCAGAUGUUUGGAGGAAUCUCUUUGGUUGGUUUUCACCAGACACUACCACAACCAGCUGGAACUCUUCUUAUGCUACCAUAUGCUGGUUUAUCUGGAAAGCUAGAUGUGACAAAGUUUUCAGACAUAUUGAGCCUAAUGCUGCUGCUACUGCUUUGAAAAUCACUCAACACCUUUGCUCCCAUGACAGGGUUCUGAACAAACCCAGUCAUAUCUUAAACAACAUCUACUAUCAAGCUAACAAUGUUGAGGAUAACUUGAGCACUCACACCAGAGGCAGACAGUUACAAGAAAAAUUUGGAAUCACUAUUAGCAUACAUAUUAUGGAAGCUUAUAAUACUUUGGCUAAUGGUGAUGGAUUUCAGUAUACUAACUUUGCUUUGGUGGCUCUUUCUUUCUCAUACCAAUGCAUGGGAGCCAGAAAUGUUAAAGACCCAGCAAUUGGACUCAGUAGAUCGAGCAGAGCCUGCAGAGGAGCUCAACUAGCACUGACCUGGGGAAAAGAGAUGAAAAAUACCAACAUCAACUUUGAAGCAGAAGAGGAUGAUAUUCUACAAGCCGUUCACACAGCCUACAAAAUUGCAGUACAACAAUGGUUCCAAGAAACCUCUCUGAUUGAAGAUAGGAAAUUAGAAGUUAUCGACUUUGUUUUGGGAAAUCUCACUAAAUUAGAUAGUCAACGUCAAAACAAUGCUGCCAAACUAGCUAGGAUCGCUACCACUUCUCUUCUAUUCCAGAACAUGAACUGGAAAGGUUCCAACUUGCAUCUUUUUUGGCAAACUUUACAAUCUAGUCCAAACUCUAUAAUUCAGGAUUACUGUAAUAACUCUUCUAAUUUGGUUAGGGAUCCUCUUGGAGCUAUGAUUAGCUCAGUCGAUUCUCAAACUAUUGUUGUAAUUUUGGAGUAA